AUGGAGUAUGCGGUGCUGCGGGAGCUGCGGCAGCUCAAGGAGGAGCACCAGGCGCUGAAGGACUGCCUCUGCGCCACCGGGCUGUUGACGCAGGCGGAGCUGGCGAAGCACGCGCAGCGUCUCCAGGCCUCGCAGUUCCACCGGGUGCUGCGGAGUCCGGCGCUGGUCCGACACUUGGCGGUCCUGGUGGGCAUUCGUUCCAUGACGCACUUUGCGUCCACCUCCUCCACGGCGUCGGCAGCAUGCCGCUCUCUUUUGCUGAUGUCACAGGGGCCGACCCAUGCUGAUGUGCAAGGCGGUCCCGUUCUACAGGGGCUCUUUGGAAGGCUCUUCUCCAAAGGUGCGGAAGGCCACGGCAAAGAGCCAGAUGAGCCACACGACCAUGCCGGUGAGAAGGAGGGCUGA